GGAGUAUCUCAAAAGAAUCCAUAAAUGUCUACAAACUGGUGGUUUUAUACCAAGAUACAAGGAUGAAGGACCUUGCCAAUAACCAGGACGCUGAGAUGUUCAGAAGAGGUCAGGACAGCGUUCGUAAUGCUUCAUCAACACCAAUCUGACAGAUGAUCACCGAGUAUGGAGAAGAGAGCUUUUAAGAGGAGAGGAGAGAGCAUCUGUUGGCAAAAGCCUCCUGGCCCAUUCAUAGCAGAUCACUUCUGAAGCCUGUUGAUCUUCAAGCUGCUGUCAUGGCAACCUCGUAUGACUGGCAGAAAACAGACCGCAGUCUCUGAGCUCCAGUCAACCCGGACGCUUCAGAGCACGAACACACUCUUAUGGGCAGAUGAAGAGUUGUGAUAUCAAGACACCGGGGCAGACACAGACUGUGAGGACCAGGAUGGCGCAUCUGGCGUAUCAACCCCUGCUUCCCACUGGAAACAAGUAUCUGCAGCAGAAAUGGGACAAGGCUUCAUAUGAGUUACACAGGGAAAAGGUGAAGUCAGCUAAAGCAACAAUAAACACAGCUCCACCAAAGACCUACGCUCACCUGACUCUCAAGCUGAAGACCCAAAAGCUUGAAGAGGAAUGGGCGAUGAAGAUUCAAAGGGAAAACAAUAUGCUUAUGGAGAAGAUAUCACACAUCAUGGGGACGACAGGAGGAGUUGACAACAAGAACUUUUACGACAGAAAAAGCCUUGGCAAAGAGAAGCGACAGCUGGAGCUGCUGCGUAUCACCAAGGAGAAUCAAAUGAUCCUGUUGCGUCUGAGCCAGUGCAGGUCUCACUAUGACGUGAGGAGGUGGCACGAGGACUGGGUCAGAACUCUGAAGGUGAUGGACAGCAUUGCACGUUACCCACGAGGAACUGCCAAUCUGCAAAAGGGACAGGAAAAACCCACCAAGAAGUGCAGUGAUUGUAAUAAAGAGCAGAAGAUCCACCCUGCAAGCAACAAGGGCAGUGGCAAAGCAGAGUCUGAGGAAGAUGAGAAGAGGAAGGAAAACAGCAAGAAAGAAAGCACAGGAACAAAGAUACAGCAAGACACAGCGACAUACUCUGAGCCAACAACAUCUGACACCACUCAGAUGACAGCAGAUAAACCUCCUCACACUGCUGAAACAUCGUCCUUUCCUGAAGGAUCUGAGUUGUCCAACCCUACUCACACACCUUAAACACUUGAGCAGGAGACUGCAAGUACUGUAGAGGGAUGAAAUGUCUUGUCUUUUGGCAAACUUGUAUUUUUU